UUUUCCCAUUCCAGGACUUGCUUGGACCGAAGGCAGUCCAAAGAAGUAGGGCGACCCAUCAAAAUUUCUGUCGGGAGAGUUUCACGAUAAGACUAAAACCCUGCUCUGAACCCUAAAUAGUCGAAUACCAUCGCCUGACGGUCGAAUCUCAAUAUACCACCGCUACGAUACCUGCAACUAAAUUUCUUGGCAGUCCAGUAAAAUCUCGCUUAUUUCAAUAAUUUAAGCACAUCUCAAUGUAUGUGAAGCUGCAGUUAGAUACCAAUAGCUUCCACAUAUUCUGCAACAAUAGGGCCUCACCAAAUGUAGGAGUUUCUGUAUCUCCGCUGGAAAAAAUUGAACGGAUCAGGAAAUUGAGAGAACAAACACUCCUUGAGACACCAACUGGAGACGAGAAGAGGUUCAAUUUAAUUCACAAACAGGAUCGUGAAAAACCUGUCUUGACCAAACGGGUUUUGGAGAAGAACUCAGAUAGGGACCUCAGAAUAACCAAAAGGGGUGGUGCAAAAGUUUCUAGCAAUAAGAGGUUUGGGGCUAAAGUGAAUGGUUUGAAUGGUAAUGGGUCUGUCAGCAAAUUGCACAAUAGGUGUUCGACGAAAUGGGUAAAUUAUGGAGGUUGUAUUCCAGCAAUUUUGCAUGCUUUGGAUACAAUUAAAGACUUGGACGAGGCAUUGAAACCUUGGGAAGAUACACUUACUAACAAAGAGAGGAGCAUAAUUUUGAAGGAGCAGUCUAGUUGGCAGAGAGCCAUGGAGAUUUUUGAGUGGUUUAAAGGAAAGGGUUGUUAUGAGCUGAAUGUGAUUCAUUAUAAUAUCAUGAUUAGGAUUCUUGGCAAACAGCGGCAAUGGAGCCACCUCGAACGUUUGUGCGAUGAAAUGAAGAAUAGAAAUAUUUUGCCUAUCAAUUCUACAUAUGGUACUUUGAUUGAUGUUUAUACCAAGGGUGGCCUUAAGGGAGAGGCACUUGUUUGGCUUGAGAAGAUGAAUGAGCAAGGAAUGGAACCUGAUGAGGUAACAAUGGGGAUUGUCGUGCAAAUGUACAAGAAGACAGGGGAGUUUCAAAAAGCCGAGGAGUUUUUCAAGAGGUGGUCAUUGGGUGAAUCUUUGAAGCAUAGAGGAAUCAGCAAAGCAAGUUCUAGACAGGAGAAUGAAACACGGGUGAAUCUUUUUUUGAGUUCAUACACGUACAAUACAUUGAUAGACACCUACGGCAAAGCUGGGCAGCUUAAAGAAGCAUCUGAGACUUUUGCCGAGAUGCUUAGGAAGGGGAUUGUGCCAACUACAGUGACUUUCAAUACGAUGAUUCACAUUUGUGGUAAUCAUGGCCAGCUUGAAGAAGUGGCUUUACUUAUGCAGAAGAUGGAGGAGCUUCGAUGCCCACCUGAUACAAGGACAUAUAAUAUUCUUAUUUCUAUUCAUGCCAAGCACAACGAUAUAAACAUGGCAGCUAGCUACUUUAAAAGGAUGAAGGAAGAUCAGUUGCAGCCAGACCUUGUGAGUUACCGCACCCUCUUAUAUGCGUUCUCAAUAAGGCAUAUGGUAGAUGAUGCAGAAGAUUUGGUUUCAGAGAUGGAUGAAAAGGGUUUAGAGAUUGAUGAGUACACACAAUCAGCUCUGACUAGAAUGUAUAUAGAAGCUGGGAAGCUUGAGAAGUCAUGGUUAUGGUUCAUGAGGUUUCAUCUUGUAGGAAAUAUGACUUCUGAGUGUUAUUCUGCCAACAUUGAUGCAUAUGGGGAGCAUGGACAUGUUGUGGAAGCUGAGAAAGUUUUUAGAUGCUGCCAAGAUCAAAACAAGCUUACUGUUCUUGAGUUCAAUGUGAUGAUCAAAGCAUAUGGUUUAGGGAAGAACUAUGAUAAAGCAUGUGUCUUGUUUGAUAGCAUGGAGAGUUAUGGUGUAGUUCCAGAUAAAUGUAGCUAUAGUUCUCUCAUACAGAUUUUGGCUAGUGCUGACUUGCCAGACAAAGCAAAACACUAUUUGAAGAAGAUGCAAGAGGCGGGACUGGUUAGUGAUUGCAUUCAAUAUUGUGCUGUGGUUUCAAGCUUUGUGAAAUUAGGUAGACUGGAAAUGGCAGAGGAGCUGUAUAAGGAGAUGAUUAGCUUUGACGUGAAGCCAGAUGUUAUAGUUUAUGGCGUGUUGAUAAAUGCUUUUGCUGAUAUCGGAAGUGUCAAAAAAGCAAUCACUUAUGUUGAUGCAAUGAAAAGAGCAGGUUUGCCUGGAAAUACAGUCAUAUACAAUUCCUUGAUCAAGCUCUAUACCAAAGUUGGCUACCUGAGAGAAGCACAAGAAACAUACAAACUGCUACAGUCAUCUGAAGCAGGUCCUGAUGCAUAUUCUUCCAAUUGUAUGAUAGAUCUCUACAGUGAACAAUCUAUGGUCAAACAAGCUGAAGAUAUUUUUGAGAGCAUGAAGAGAAAAGCGGAUGCAAAUGAAUUUACUUUUGCAAUGAUGUUGUGCAUGUACAAAAGGCUUGGGAGGUUUGAAGAAGCCAUUAAAAUUGCAAAACAUAUGAGAGACCUGGGACUUCUGACUGAUUUGUUGAGCUUCAAUAAUGUUCUUGGGCUGUAUGCGUUGGAUGGCAGAUUCAAAGAGGCAGUCGGAACUUUCAGGGAAAUGGUAGGAGCUGACAUACAACCCGAUGAUUGUACAUUCAAAUCUCUUGGAAUUGUCUUAGUGAAAUGUGGAAUAUCAAAGCAGGCCAUUGGGAAGCUGGAAGCAACAAGAAAGAAGGAUCCUAACAGUGGUUUGCAGGCAUGGUUAGUGGCUCUCUCAACCAUAGUUGAUGUAGAUAAUGAUGAUGAAAAUGAUGACACUGCUGAUGUGUGACUAGCAUAUCAGCGAAAAUAUCAGUAGAAACUAGUUAGUACAUUAUACUGGCUCUUUUUUCCUUUUUGUUCUGCUAUAGGAUUCAGCGUAUUGUAAAUUGUGUUAUUUCUCUGUACUGUAAUUGCCUUGAAAAAUCUGUUUCAUAAUUGUGUUCA